CUCAGAUUAGCUAAUGUAGCAUCCAGCUCGUACUCUUUCUAACAAAUACAGUCAGCUAAAGGAAGCAGCGUAGUUUACUGUCUGUGGUCAUGGCGUCUGUUUUAGAUGCUCUCUGGGAAGACAGAGACGUCAGAUUCGACAUAACUGCACAGCAGAUGAAGACACGUCCAGGAGAGGUGCUGAUCGAUUGUCUGGACUCGAUCGAGGACACGAAAGGAAACAACGGAGAUAGAGGACGACUCCUGGUGACAAAUUUGAGGAUCAUUUGGCAUUCUUUGGCUCUGCCCAGAGUCAAUUUGUCUGUGGGGUACAACACCAUCAUCAACAUCACCACAAGGGCGGCCAACUCAAAAUUGAGAGGUCAAACUGAAGCCCUGUACAUCUUGACAAAGUCCAACAACACAAGAUUUGAGUUCAUUUUUACAAACGUGGUUCCUGGAAGUCCGAGGCUCUUCACAUCAGUCAUUGCUGUGCACAGAGCUUAUGAGACUUCGAAAAUGUACCGGGACCUGAAAUUGCGUGCUGCUCUGAUUCAAAAUAAGCAGCUGAGACUCCUGCCUCAGGAGCAAGUGUAUGAUAAAAUCAACGGAGUGUGGAAUUUAUCCAGUGAUCAGGGUAACCUCGGAACCUUCUUCAUCACUAACGUGCGGAUUGUGUGGCACGCCAAUAUGAACGAGAGUUUUAAUGUCAGCAUUCCUUACCUCCAGAUUUGGUCUAUCAGAAUACGAGACUCCAAGUUUGGCUUGGCCCUGGUGAUCGAAAGUUCCCGCCAGAGCGGAGGAUACGUGCUCGGAUUUAAAAUAGACCCGGUGGAUAAACUUCAAGACGCACUCAAAGAAAUCAACUCCUUGCACAAAGUGUACUCGGCCAAUCCGAUCUUUGGAGUGGAUUAUGAGAUGGAGGAGAAGCCCCAGCCGUUGGAGGAGCUCACCGUGGAGCAGCUCCCCGAUGACGUGGAAAUUGAGCCGGACGAGCAGACCGACGCCUUCACUGCCUACUUUGCUGAUGGAAAUAAGCAACAAGACCGCGAACCGGUUUUCUCUGAUGAGCUCGGCCUCGCCGUGGAAAAACUAAAGGACGGCUUCACACUUCAAGGCCUGUGGGAAGUCAUGGGUUGAAGUACAAUGAAAUCUCUAUGUAUUCCAGAUGUAUAGUGUAUAUGUACAUGUAAACUAGAAUAUUUAUUUAUUUAUUUAUUUGUCAGAUCAACAGCUGUCAAGUUUUAAGUAAUAAAAUGUUGAAUGAGGUGUGUGGCAUUGAUUGUAUAUGAAAGCUUUUAUAGUGAAUUAAACUGUUGUUCUUGUUUAAUUCUAAUAAACAUGUAAAUACAUGA